UUUUAUCGACCUCGUGCAAAUUUUCCAGCAUCGCCUUAAAAAUCUACAGUAUACGUCACGAAAACUAUAGAUUUUCUGUAUUAUCGGUACAUCUCGGAACGGACUCAAUUUUUUGUUCCCCCGAGCCAAUCGGCACUUGAGAAAUUUUCCCCGCGACGUUGCGAGGCAGCCUUGAAUUAUGGAUAUCCGAAGAUUGAGAUAGAAAGAGACAGUCUCACGGUGACGGUGGCUGUUUGGCAAGGUUAUUUCGAUCUUGAUUGCUCUUGACAGCCUCUGAUCAUGUCAAGUCGGAGUUGAUAGCAAUUUGCGUCGUAGUCUUUUUUUCUUAUUUAAUCUUGUGCUUAAGAAAAAAAAAUAUAUAUAUAUGCGUAUAUAUGGGUUGUGUUUUGCCCGAAGCUCGUAAUUUAUUUUUCCCGGUGUUAUUUUAUUAUUAUUUUCUCGCUUGCCCAUCUUUCCGCUCGGCGUGUCUACUCGCUCCCGAUCUACUCGUCAUUUGACAAUAUGAUGCCAAAUACGGAUGUCUAUGACAGUUUAUACUUGUACGCCACUCCGGAGAAGUUUUUCGUGGAGCCGGUCGGAACCAAAGUCCUGCUGGUGGUCGAUAGAGUGAGUCAGCAGAUCUACACACAAGUCGGUACCGCCAGUCAGAUCCCACAAACUGCCAGCCGUAGGAAAAUAUGGGGACUGGUGGGGACCAUACGCCUGUUGGCAUGCCGCUACCUCGUCGUUAUUACGGACGCUCAAAUGUGCGGGACUAUAGCCGGACACAACAUCUUCAGGGUGGCCUCGACCGACGUGAUACCCUACACCAGAUCCUCUCUGCACCUGACUGAGAAGCAGGUCCAAAACAAUGCCGUGUACUUGGAGAUGGUCAAGUCCAUCUUGAACACGCCGUACUUUUACUUCAGUUAUACCUACGACCUCAGUCACACUAUGCAAAGGCUGCACAACACGACACCUGAAUUCUUGCAAAUGCCGCUGCACGACAGAGCAGAUCCCAGGUUCGUAUGGAACGCAUACCUUCUGCAGGACCUGAGUGCAAGACCGGAGCAAUAUAAAUUUUGUUUACCCAUUAUUCAUGGCUUCGUCUCGCUGAACACUGUGGUCGUGAACGGCGUUGCGUUCAAUUGGGGCAUUGUCUCCAGACGCGGUAUACAUCGUGCUGGCACGAGAUUAUUUUCACGCGGUAUAGAUGCCACUGGGAAUGUGUCCAAUUACGUGGAGACGGAGCAGCUGAUUGAGGUGAACGGCGAUCGCAGUUCCUUCGUGCAGACGCGCGGAUCCAUUCCUCUAUUUUGGUGUCAAGCGCCAAAUUUGAAGUACAAGCCGAAGCCGCAGAUCAGUCCGCACGAGGACCACCAAAGCGCUUGCGCUCGUCACUUCGAUGUUCAAAUCUUUCAUUAUGGAAAGCAAAUCUUGGUGAAUUUGAUUGAUCAACGUGGACCAGAAGCAUUGCUUGAAGAUGCAUAUCGCAAUUUAGUCCAAAGAAUUAACAAUCAAAAUGUUCGAUAUGAAGCUUUUGACUUUCACGCGGAAUGCAGAAGACUGAGGUGGGACAAAUUGAACACUUUAAUGGACCGAUUAGCCCAUGAUCAGGAACAGAUGGGGUAUUUCUUGUUGAUGAGGGACGGGGCAUUGCUCUCGGCUCAGGAUGGUGUUUUCCGUACAAAUUGCAUCGACUGUCUAGACCGGACGAAUGUUGUACAAAGCAUGCUUGCGAAGCGAGUUCUUAACGAAGUAUUGAGCAGGCUAGAGAUACUUAGAAAGGUCGAAGAUCAUCCUGCGUUUGAAAAUCUUUUCAAACAGAUUUGGGCGGAUAACGCGGAUGUGAUAAGCAUCCAAUAUUCGGGUACAGGAGCGUUGAAGACUGACUUCACGCGAACUGGAAAGCGUACCAAGUUGGGCGCGAUGAAAGACGGUUUAAAUUCUCUAACGAGAUAUUACAAGAACAAUUUUGCUGAUGGAUAUAGACAGGACUCGUUGGAGCUCUUUCUAGGCCGUUACAUCGUCCAGGAGGGUGAAUGCACUUCUAUUCAAUGUCCCUUGGAAUCCGAGCGAAACUGGCGUUACGCUACAUUCCCACUUGUUCUUUUAGUCGCGUCCUCGAUGCUGGUCGCUCACGUAAUCUUACCGUCGCGAUACACAACAGAAAUAUUACUCUAUAUGCUAUUUUGGGGCGCCAUGGUGGCCGGCACCUUUGCCACUAUUAUUCACCACGGCAAGCAAUACGUCGACAAGCCAAAAUUACUUUAGAGUUAAUUAAUUUUAUGAAAUUUUAAAUUAUAUACAUAUA